CAUCCCGGCAUCCCGGCAUGGCGCGUGCAGCGGGCUCUGAGAGGCGGCUUUUGGUGGUCUACACCGGUGGCACCAUUGGCAUGCGGAAAGAGAAUGGCGUGCUGGUGCCUGGGCCGGGUCUGGCCUCCACACUGGAGAAACUGCCCAUGUUCCAUGAUGAGGACUUUGCCCAGGUCCUUGGGCUCCCCAAGGACACGCUGGUGCUGCCCCCCACCAGUUCCGACCAGAGGAUCAUCUACACUGUGAUGGAGUGGCCGGUCCUUUUCGACUCCAGCAACAUGACCAUCUCAGAGUGGGUCAACAUCGCGCUCACCAUCAAGAGCCACUAUGAGAAGUACGACGGCUUCGUGGUCGUCCACGGCACAGAUACCAUGGCCUUUGCGGCCUCCAUGCUGUCCUUCAUCCUGGAUAACCUGAGGAAGCCCGUCAUCCUCACGGGGGCCCAGGUGCCCAUCCACGCCCUUUGGAACGAUGGCCGUGAGAACCUGCUGGGGGCGCUGCUGCUAGCCGGCCUGUACCUCAUCCCCGAGGUCUGUCUCUUCUUCCAGAACCAUCUCCUCCGGGGUAACAGGGCUACCAAGGUGGACUCCAGGCGGUUUGAGGCCUUCUGUUCCCCCAACCUGCCCCCCUUGGCUACCUUGGGUGCAGACAUCACAAUCAACAAGGAGUUGGUGCGGAAGGUGCCAGCGAAGGGGCCAUUGGUGGUCAACAGCCACGUGGAGCAUGACGUGGCGGUGCUACGCCUGUACCCCGGCAUCCCCGCUGCCCUGGUCCGGGCCUUCCUGCAGCCCCCACUGAAGGGCGUGGUCCUGGAGACUUUCGGCUCCGGGAACGGGCCCACCAAGCCGGAGCUGCUGCAGGAGCUGCGAGCGGCCACCAGCCGUGGCCUGAUCAUUCUCAACUGCACGAAUUGCCUCCGGGGCGGCGUCACCUCGGACUAUGCCACCGGCGUGGCCAUGGAGGGUUCCGGCCUGCUCUCUGGCUUCGACUUGACCUCAGAAGCGGCUCUGGCCAAGCUGGCUUAUGUGCUGGGCCUCUCAGGCCUGAGACUGGAGGACAGGAAGCAGCUGCUGGCCCAAGACCUUCGUGGGGAGAUGACGCUGCCAGUCUCUGAACGCCAGCGCUCUCAGCAGGGCAGCUCCCUGGGGCACCAGGUGGCCCAGUUUCUCAAGCUCACUGAGAGCCAGGAGUGGGAUGCUGUUCGGGGAGCCCUGCUGCCCAGUCUGGCCUGUGCCACUGCCUACACCGGGGACAUGCAGGCACUGCAGGCACUGUUGGAGAUGGACAGCGAUGUAGCCAAGCAGCACUUCACCGGUCAGACCCCGCUGCACGCAGCCGCCCGGGGGGGUCAUGCCACAGCUGUGAGCUUGCUGCUGCAGAGAGGUGCUGACGUGAAUGGCCAGGACUCAGAUGGCUUCAGCCCCCUGCGGCUGGCUGUGAGGGGCAGGCACGGUGGUGUGAUCAAGCUGCUGCGGGAGGCUGGUGCCUGCCUGUCCCCCCGGGAGCUGGAGGACGCAGGGACAGAGCUAUGCAGGUUGGCCUCCCGGGCGGACCUCGAAGGCCUGCAGGCAUGGUGUCAGGCGGGUGUGAACCUGAAGCUGCCCGGCUACGAUGGCAGCACCGCCCUGAGUAUUGCGGAAGCUGCCGGACACGUGAAGGUGGUGUCCUUUCUGCGGUGCCUCCAGGAGGAGGGCUCUGGCCAGUAGCCCCCACCCCCACCCCUGGGGGCUGGGUGGACAGCUUUUCGCUUGUUCGUGGUCCACCCACUGAAGUCUGGUCACACCACAGCAAAGGCCAACCAAUGUGGCCUCUCUCCUACCUGAGCCCCCGGGUUGCCCUCCUGCCCCCUCCCCUGCUGCCCUCUGAGCCUGCUCUUGGUGGAUCUCCCUGCCCCGCCCCAUUGGUUCCUCUCUAACUGCCCACCUGAGGACUGGGCCCAUCUGUCCAUCUGUCCAUUUACCCAGGACUGGGAACCCAGGCUCCCUCCCCCACAGGGCCUUUCCCAAGGUGGGCCAGGCCAGGGUGCCCCGCCUGCCCUGUGGGCUUCUCAACCCAGUUCCCAGGCUGUGUAGCUGGCCAGCUGCCAGGCCCUCCCCCAGGUGUGGGCGCGCCAGCCUUGCACAAUCGGGUCAUGCCACUGAGGGGGAGAGUCGGGCCCGGGGCGCCGGCACCCACACCCUCCUGGAGCCGGGGGCCAGUGCCAGAGCAGGGACCCUUGGAGGAGAAGGCAGUAUGGGGGCGAGGAUGGGAGGGGGGGCAUUGCUAGGCUGAAGACCUCUACCCUCCGGUGUCCCUGCCCAGGACUUCUGCCCAGCACCCACUGCCCCUGUGCAGGCUUGUGGUCCCCACAUGGCAGGCUCCUCCCAGGGCGGGUGCCAGCCUGCCCUUGUGGCGCCGCCUACUCUCCUGGGCACCAAGGCAAGAGGAUGUACUAAAUUGGCUUCCCCUCAAGUGGGUCACUGGCCAGGGUGGGGGCACAAUGGGGCUAGGCUGCCCCCAGGUGGGCAGACGGCGGGGAGGGGGGGGGAUGUCCCCACAAGGGCUGAAGACCAGACCCCCAAUCGCUGCCUUGUGGGAUGAAGCGGAGCCUGCAGCACUGAUCUAGUACCCGAAACACCAGGAAAGUCACACGCACAAAUCUGGCCCUUACCUCGAAGGCCAGUUGAGAGCAAGGAAGCCAGCUGCUCCAGAGAGUGGAGGUGACAGUCCCCACUUCCUGCGCCAGGCUGGGAACAUGGCACCCUUCCUAGGUUUCUGCAUCCUCGGCCGAAAGAAAGCCGGGGGAGGGACCCAGGCCACAAGGUGCCCAGCUCUGCCAAGACUGUCCUCACUCCCCGAGAGGGGGCAUAUGGGCAACACCUCUCCUUAUACCACCAGUGCAAAGCUGACCACCAAUGAUUAGGAGGGCUAUCGGCAGCAAGGACCGGAUGAACGUGGGGCCCGAGGUUCCCCGGGGUCCCAGGCCACACUGCUCCUCCCCCCCUCCCCACCUUGUCUCUGGGACCCCCCCUCCCUGCAGCCCAUCUUCCCUGCAGCUACUCUCUGCUCCAACAGAGUUUUCUAUCACAAAGCCAGACUCCACACAGCCUCCACCUGCCCCCCCUCUCACUCCCCCCCCACCCCAGCUCCCAGCUCAGGGAGCCCUGCUUUACUUUCAAGGUCAGAAGUUUCCCUUCUGGUCACACCACUGCCCUUCCUGCAGCAAAGACCAACCCAUGUGGCCUCUCUCCUACCUACGACCCUUCUGAUGCUGGAGGAAGUGACCAGCCCAGGGGGGCUAUGGGAGGGGGCUGGCUGUGUCUAGGCUUAGACUUGAGGGGAGGGGUGCCUGGGGAGUGGCCCUGCUGCUCCAUCAUGGUGGUGGGGGUGUCAGGGGAAACUCCAAAAUGUACCCAACCCCUCUUCCUGGCUACCCCCCUCACAGGGCCCGUGUACCGCCUCCCUGCCCUGUCUAUCCUCUGAGCCUCAAUGUCCCCAUGACAAAUAGAAUAAAAUCUUUUGCUGGCA